UUAAAACAGUUGGAUUGAACAAAUGUACCUCAGGAAUUAAGAAUUCUUCCUGGAAAGAGUUUCCAGAUUGUUUGAACUUCUCUGGCCGCACAAUACAGGACGGGAGACUGAAGCAGCAUAGAACCCCCAGCGUCUGCAGCAUGGGCUGGUUCGCUAGGAUUGUCUGUCUUUUCUGGGGAGUAUUACUUACAGCAAGAGCAAACUAUCAAAAUGGGAAAAACAAUGUGCCAAGACUGAAAUUAUCCUACAAAGAAAUGUUGGAAUCCAACAAUGUGAUCACUUUCAAUGGCUUGGCCAACAGCUCCAGUUAUCAUACCUUCCUUUUGGAUGAGGAACGGAGUAGACUGUAUGUUGGAGCAAAGGAUCAUAUAUUUUCAUUCAACCUGGUUAACAUCAAGGAUUUUCAAAAGAUUGUGUGGCCAGUAUCUUACACCAGAAGAGAUGAAUGCAAGUGGGCUGGAAAAGAUAUUCUGAAAGAAUGUGCUAAUUUCAUCAAGGUGCUUAAGGCUUAUAAUCAGACUCAUUUGUAUGCCUGUGGAACGGGGGCUUUUCAUCCAGUUUGCACCUACAUUGAAAUUGGACAUCAUCCUGAGGACAACAUUUUUAAGCUGCAAGACUCACAUUUUGAAAAUGGCCGUGGGAAGAGCCCAUAUGACCCUAAACUGCUGACGGCAUCUCUUUUAAUAGACGGAGAAUUAUACUCUGGAACAGCAGCUGAUUUUAUGGGGCGAGACUUUGCUAUCUUCCGAACUCUUGGGCACCAUCAUCCAAUCAGGACGGAGCAGCACGAUUCCAGGUGGCUCAACGAUCCAAGGUUCAUUAGUGCCCACCUCAUCCCAGAGAGCGACAACCCUGAAGAUGACAAAGUGUACUUUUUCUUCCGUGAAAAUGCAAUAGAUGGAGAACACACUGGAAAAGCCACUCACGCUAGAAUAGGUCAGAUAUGCAAGAAUGACUUUGGGGGCCACAGAAGUCUAGUGAAUAAAUGGACAACAUUUCUCAAAGCUCGUCUCAUUUGCUCAGUGCCAGGCCCAAAUGGCAUCGACACUCAUUUUGAUGAAUUGCAGGAUGUAUUCCUGAUGAAUUCUAAAGAUCCUAAAAAUCCAGUUGUAUAUGGAGUGUUUACAACUUCCAGUAACAUCUUCAAGGGGUCAGCCGUGUGCAUGUAUAGCAUGAGUGAUGUGAGAAGGGUGUUCCUUGGACCAUAUGCUCACAGGGAUGGUCCCAACUACCAGUGGGUGCCUUAUCAAGGAAGAGUCCCCUACCCACGACCAGGAACUUGUCCCAGUAAAACAUUUGGUGGAUUUGACUCUACCAAAGACCUUCCUGAUGACGUUAUAACAUUUGCAAGAAGUCAUCCAGCCAUGUACAAUCCAGUAUUUCCUAUCAAUAACCGGCCGAUAAUGAUCAAAACAGAUGUAAAUUAUCAGUUUACACAAAUUGUGGUAGAUCGAGUGGAUGCAGAAGAUGGCCAGUAUGAUGUCAUGUUUAUUGGAACAGAUGUUGGAACUGUUCUUAAAGUAGUUUCAAUUCCUAAGGAGACCUGGCAUGAUUUAGAAGAAGUUCUGCUUGAAGAAAUGACAGUUUUUCGGGAACCAACUACUAUUUCAGCAAUGGAGCUUUCCACUAAGCAGCAACAGCUCUACGUUGGCUCCGCCACAGGCGUGGCGCAGCUCGCCCUGCACAGGUGCGACGUUUACGGGAGAGCCUGUGCCGAGUGCUGCCUCGCCCGAGACCCCUACUGCGCCUGGGACGGCUCCGCCUGCUCGCGUUACUUUCCUGCUGCAAAGAGACGCACAAGACGACAAGAUAUAAGAAAUGGAGAUCCAUUGACCCACUGUUCAGACUUACAACACCAUGAUAAUCACCAUGGCCACAGCUUUGAAGAAAGAAUCAUAUAUGGAGUAGAAAAUAGCAGCACCUUCCUGGAAUGCAGUCCGAAAUCACAGCGAGCUCUGGUCUAUUGGCAAUUCCAGAGGCGAAAUGAAGAGCGAAAAGAAGAGAUCAGAGUGGAUGAUCAUAUCAUCAGAACAGAACAAGGCCUUCUACUGCGUAGUCUACAGCGGAAGGAUUCAGGCAAUUACCUCUGUCAUGCUGUGGAACACGGAUUCAUGCAAACUCUUCUUAAAGUGACCCUAGAAGUCAUUGACACAGAACAUUUGGAAGAACUUCUUCAUAAAGAUGAUGAUGGAGAUGGGUCUAAGACCAAAGAAACGUCCAACAGCAUGACGCCUAGUCAGAAGGUCUGGUACAGAGACUUCAUGCAGCUCAUCAAUCAUCCCAACCUGAACACAAUGGAUGAGUUCUGUGAACAAGUUUGGAAAAGGGACCGAAAACAGCGUAGGCAAAGGCCAGGACAUACCCAAGGGAACAGUAACAAAUGGAAGCACUUACAGGAAAAUAAGAAAGGCAGAAACAGGAGGACCCACGAAUUUGAGAGGGCACCCAGGAGUGUCUGAGCUGCAUUACCUCUAGAAACCUCAAACAAGUAGAAACUUGCCUAGACAAUAACUGGAAAAAUUGCAAUAUACAUGAACUUUUUCAUGGCAUUAUGUGGAUGUUUACAAUGGUGGGAAAUGCAACUUAGUUCCACCAAUUAUAAAUUAAGUCCAUGAGUAAUGUUACUAACAGGCAUUCUUCCGAAUACCAACACCUAUUAAUAGAGGUCAGAUGAACACAGAUGUUCACACUAGUGACUUAAUGUUUCCUAUGAGAUUUCACUAUACAGGUUUCACUUUCUUCUUUGCCUGAGAAAUAAAAAUGUCAUUUGCCAUAGUGCCAUCUAAAGAAUAAAAAUGGCAUCAGCAAAGCCAUUUUAUUGAACUAGAAGUUUAAGAUAAACUGCAUGGAUUUACUAAGCUGAUGAAUAUUCCAAAACAUUGUUGGAUUCAAGGAUAUCUUUUGGCUACCAACACUCAUGUUUAUGUGUACUGGAGGAGUAAAAUGAUACUGAAUGAAAUGGUCUGUGGAAAUUAAAAAAAAAAAAAACAAACCAUUCAUCAUCCAGAAGAAAAAUGGAAUACACUGAUCUACUACUGAUGUCUUUCUUCCAGCUUUGAUCUAAAGAUGUAUUUUAUUAAAACUAUAAUUUAAAUGUACCAUGACAAAUAUGCAGAAAAAAUUAGCUCUUUUCUAAGCUAGAGUAAGUUUUUGUCUUACAGUUAUUGUGGUAUAUAGUUUUUGUUUUUAAAAAACUCCAGUUGUGUGCUGCUUUUUAAAAACGUUUUCAGUUUUGCAAGAAUAACCAAUAUUGUCCUAAAUCACAUAUACAUCAUUAACAACUAACUCCUAAAAUCUGGAUAUAAAGUAUGCUUUAUUUCUCUGAGGAAUUAAGAAAAUAACACCUCCCUUUCUUCAAAUAUUACCUAAAUUAAUUAGAAACUGCAUAAAUAUUCCUAGAAAAACAGCAUUUAUCUGGAAAGAAAAAAAAAAUCAAUUUGCAAGUGCGUUUUGUUGUACCUAAUGAAUCAACAAAGAGAAAAAGGAUUGUAUAUUUCAUAAAAAUAGUAAGCAUUGGUUUAAUUUAAUGUUAAUAGAAAAUGUCUUAACUCUUCACUUGAAUCCUGUCUGAUAUUUGAGAUAUAAAAACUCUCUCUUGGCUGCAUUAGGAUUUUUAUCUGUGUGACUUAAUUUUUUUGAGAAGAGGGAGAUCAAGGAUAUUCAGAACAGCAUCCUAAACGUGAAUUUCCCAGCUCUGCUCUGUUCACAUUUUUAUCAGCUGUUUCGUAUCUCACCUUAAGACAGUUAUCUGUCUAAAGAACUCAUGAUUCCUUUCAAGUCAGUGGGAGUGACUUUUAUACAAACUAUUUUCCAGGACAAAACCCACAUCUUAAAACAUGUAAAAGCUCUUUGUCUUCUGCAACAACUUAUAAAAUAAGAUAAUCAUUAAUUAAGGGCUUGCCUGCUUCAUUGUCCUAAGAUGAUUCCUUAAGAAUAAUUGACUUCAAGAUGUAAAAAACUUCAGCAUUGCAAAUGCAGUUUCUUUUGUGCUGCACUCAUUUUUCCAAGAAUUCCUCUCUGGGUCCUUCAUCAUGCACAGAAAUGCAAAGGAAACAUAUUAUUGCUAAUUAAUGAAAGCAGCAUUGAAAUUCUGACUAUAGCUGUCUUGGGAUUCUAAAUAACUCAGAAUUAAUUUCUUACCUCAGACUACAGUGACUUUUCAAAAAAUCCUCUUUAUCAGCUGAAAUAUUUCACAGAUGAAAGCUCAUGUUUCAGUUUUACUGAUUACUUUGAAUAAAUAAUUUUUUGAUGUUUGUUUCAAAUGGGAGCCUAGAAGUACCCUAUAUUCAAUUUUAGGCUCCAUUGAUUAAUACAGUGUUACUUUUAGAAGUACAUCCUCAAGUGGUAGCUGAAUUUUAAAUUAUUUGAAGAACAGACUCCUAUAGAGAAAAAAAAGUGUUUGAGAUAUAAAUCAGAGAACAAAGAGUGCUCCAAAAAUAGGUCAUUUUAAAAUGUGUCUUAACUGUACUGCAAUUCAGUAUUGCAUUUUAUUCUAAACUUGCAGCUGAAACACAUUAUUGGUAAUAACAAAAGUAUCUUAUUUCUUAUUAGUCCUCAAAAACAAAGGAUUUGAAAGGAUAGAGAUUAUGUAACUUUAGGAAUGUCUUCCAAUAUCUGAAUGCAUUUUGUUUAGCACUAUGAAAUACCCAUAGAAAGAAAGUCUAGAUUUCAGUUAAAAGAAACAAAUAAAUCCACCAGCAUGUCUUAAUAAAUCAUCAGGUCUACAUUUUUGAAGAAAAUUAUAGAUGUAAUUUACAGAUAAAUAACUCUUAUUCCAGUCUUAAUCUUCUGUCAGUGUGAGCGGGGCCAUUUGCACAAAAAAUAAUUAAUAUCCCAUUUAUUCAGUUUUAAUAGACUUUGGCUCAUUCUUCUAUCAUCAGAGUUGAAAGCUUUUUAAGAGACUCAUGUGACCUUGAACAGAUUAUGACAACAAUCUUAAAAUAGGAAAAAGUACAUAACAGAAGAGAAAUUAUGGCCCACUUGAAAUCAAAUGUAAAAUGUAAAUGCAUGUAAAUGCACACUUAAUGCUACUUUUUAUGUAUUAUUUAGUGAUUUUUCAAUGGUAUGUGUUUAAUAUUUUUGCUACCUACACAUUAGGGAAAAGAGAUGUAAAUAAUUUUGAAAAGAAGAGGAAGGACAGUGUAAAAUGCAGCUUUUUGUAGGUACCCCAUUUCAGUGUGUUCAACAUCAUCUUAAAAUGCAAGAUUUUCCCACAUAGGUGACAAAGUGGCUCAUGUGCUAUUUAAGGGAAGAAGCUGUGUGCCCAUUCAAUAAGCAUGUUUUUUGCCAGGUAGUAAACAUGUUCCAUAUCUGUAUUUAUCAUUGGAUUUCAGAUGGGAACUAGAAAACUGGAGAGAAAAAUGUAAUGAAACUGCUGCUGUAAAUUACUUCUGUUAGCAUGUAUUCAGUUGCUAAAUACACAUUUCUUCAAAAUAUUUGAAUUCAGAUGUCUUUACUAUUCCGUGUAGCAUAUAGUGUCAAGGAACAUAAGAGUAGAAAAGGUUGAGAACCAGAGUCAAGUUGCUAGCAUAUUUCUUCAUUGUAGUCAUCUGUAAGCUGAGCUCUAUACUUCUGGUGAUAAGUGUGAAUGUUACGCCUUUAAAUUAAAUAUUGUUAUUUUAUGCCAUACUUACAAAGCAAAUAUGAGGAGGAAAUUCUAUAGUGUGUCAUUAUCAUAGUCUGUUUCAUUCAGUAUCUGCAAAGGUGCCUGAAAAUUGUUAUUGAGAUUGCCUUUCCUGAAGGUCAUAAGCAAGUGUUUUAUUAAUUUAUUAAUAUGGAGUAAUUAGUAUAACAUUUUGAAAUCUUUGUUUUAAGAAUUCAUUUUUAAACACAACUUUCUUUCACUUUAAUGGAAAUCUGUCCAGUUUCAUGGUUUCAAAUACACACUUAACAAAUAGGAUUCAACAUUAAUGUUGUAGUCUAUUAGAGAUAAACGAGCCUAAUGCCAAAGACAUUCAUGCUUUAUAUUUUAACUUUGUAAUAAUUAUAAAGUCAAUGUUAAUGUUUGCAAAAUACAUAAUCCCAUCAAUAAGAAAGCAUUUUUUCAAAAAGCUGCAGAACCUCUAAAUUUGACUUCUAACAGUUUAUAUACUAAUUAAUUGAACAUACUUUUUAAAAUUAAAAUACUAAGAGGACCUUUACAUGAAAGAGAGAAUGAACCCAUGGAAAUGUUGCCUCGUAUAGUAUGGUCAUUUUCACAGUCAACUUGGCCAAAGAAGACAGUUUGGUUUUCAUUUCAAACAUGCAAACACACACAGACAGAGGCAGAGGUACCAAAUCAGAUUAAACCAAUAAUAAUAAUAAUUUUGAAUAUAAACAAAUCAGGCUUUUAGACAUUUUGUUCUUUAGAACCAGAUCCCUACCCAUUGUAUUAAAUUCUACUUAUAAGUCUUAUUACCUGCAAUGUGCUAGGCACUGGUAGAUAAUGAGGAUACUAACAUGAAUGAGGCAUAGACUCAAGAGCUCACAAUGAAAUAAAGAAAAUAGAUUGAAUAUGACUUGCCAUCAUCUUAUCUGGCCAAUUUUUCCUGAUCCCCCCAUCCCUAGAUUGAACUAACCAUCUUCUCUGCACUAAAAUCUGUGCCUUGUAUAUAGUUUUCACUAUCACACUUAUCACAAAAGUGUAAUUUCUUUGUUUACAGCCCAGUCUCCUUUUCUAGACUGUGAGUGAGCUCUUCAAGGGCAAGGUUUGUUUCUAAUUUAUUUCUGUCCCCAGUGCCUAGCAUGAUAACUGGCACAAGAAAGGAGCUCUUUAAAUUGUUGCAGGAAAGAACCAGGUUACACUGUGAUGAGUGCCAAGAGCAAACUCAGAAUAAAAGUGCUAUGGGGAUGUCCAGGCUAUCCAGUUUUCCCAGCACAACUUGCUGAAGAGGGUUUUUUUCUCCUUUGUAUAUUCUUGCCUCCUUUGUCAAAGAUUACUUGACCAUAGGUGUAUAGGUUUAUUACUGGACUUUCUAUUCUGUUCCAUUGAUACAUUAUCAGUUUUCGUGCCAAUAUCAUGCUGUUUUGAUUACUGUAGCUUUGUAGUAUUGUCUGAAGUCUGGGACAAUUAUGCCUCCAGCUUUUUUUUUUUUUUAAUCUCCCUUGGGAAUGCUUUUACAAUUCUAGGUCUUUUAUGGUUCUAUAUAAGUCUUAGGAUUAUUUGUUGUAGUUCUCUAAAAUAUAUCAUGGAUAAUUUGAUAGGGAUUGCAUUAAAUCUGUAGAUUGCUUUGGGUAGUAUGCUCAUUUUAGCAAUAUGAAUUCUUCCAAGAGCAUGGGAUAUCUUUCCAUUUGUUUGAAUCACCAUUUGUUUGAUUCAGUUUCUUUUAAGAGUGUUUUUAGAGUUCUCAACAUAUGGGUCUUUCACCUACUUGGUUUAGGUUUAUUCCUAGGUAUUUUAUUUAUUUAUUUUUGACCUGAAUUUUAAAUGGGAUUGUUUUACUUUUUCUUUCUGAUAUUUAAUUGUAAGUGUAAAAAGAUGCAGCAGAUUUCUAUAUAUUAAUCUUAUAUCCUACUACCUUGCUAAAUUCAUUUAUUAUUUCUAAGUUUUUGCAUAGUCUUUAGGAUUUACUAUAUAGUGUGCUAUUCAACUGCAUAUAAUGAAAACUUGAACCUCUUCUUUUCCAAUUUGGAUGCAUUUUAUUUGUUUUUCUAAAACACUCCCUCAUAACAUAUCAAAAAAUAAACUCAGAAUGUGAAGACCUAAAUAUAAGACAUGACACCGUAAAGCUACAGAAGAGAACAAAGGCAGAACAUUUUGUGACAUAUAAACUAGCAAUAUUUGCUUAGUUCAAUGCAAAAGAAUUAAAAGCAAAAAUAAACAAAUGGGACCUAAUCAAAUUUAAUAGCUUUUGCACAGCAAAGAAGACUAUCAGCAAAAUGGAAAAAAAAGUGUGAAAUGGAAGAAAAUGUUUGCAAACAGUAUAACUAAGAAGGGAUUGAUAGCCAAAACAUGAAUAUAGCUCAUACAACUCAAUAUUUAAAAAACAAAAAACAAUCCAGUCAAUAGGCAGAAGUUCUAAAUAGACAUUUCCUGAAAGAAGGAUACAAUAGCCAACAGGUACAUGAAAAGAUGCUCAACAUCACUAAUUAUUAGAGAAAUACAAAUCAAAACCACAAUGAGGUAUCACCUCAUACUGGUCUGAAUGGUUAUCAUCAAAAAGUCUACAAAUAAUAAAUACUAGAGAGCGUGUGAGGGAAAGAGAACCCUCCUACACUAUUGGUGCAAAUGAAAAUUGCUACAGCCACUGUGGAGAACGUAUGGAAAUUCCUUAAGAAAACUAAAAAUAGCAUUACCAUAUGACGCAACAAUCCGACUCCUUGUCAUAUAUCCAAAAAAGAUGAAAACUCUUAAUUCAAAAAGAUCUAUGCUACUCAGUGUUCAUAACAGCACUAUCUGCAAUAGCAAGGACAUGGAACCAGCCCAAGAGCCUAUCAACAGAUGAUUGGUUUAAGCAUAUAUGUACAUAAUGCAAUAUUACUCAGCCAUAAAAAGAGAAAAAUUAAUGCCAUUUACAGUAACAUGGCUGAACCUAGAGAUUAUCAUACUAAGUAAAGUAAAUCAGAGAACAAAUGUUGUAUCACUUAUAUGUGGAAUCUCAUAAUACAAAUGAAUUUAUUUACAAACCAGAAACAGACUGCUGACAUAGAAAGCAAACUUACGGUUACUAGAGAGUAAAGGGAGAAAGACAGAUAAAUUUGGAGUAUGGGAUGAACAGAUACACACUACACAAAAAUAGAAAAGCAACAAGGAUUUACUGUAUAGCACUGAAACUAUUAAUAAUGUAUAAUGGAAAAGAAUCUGAAAUAUAUAAAACAAUCACUUUACUGUGUAUCUGAAAACUAAGACAAUGUUGUAAAUCAACUAUACUUCAGUUUUUAUAAAAAGAUGUGAAAUCAAAGAGGAGUCAAGAAUUUGGUGGGAGAUAUCAUAGAAAACUUUAGAAAAUAAGUGACCCAUGCACUAUGUAAUGAAAUUUGACAGAUUUGUGCAAAUGAAGUAAAAGAAGGCAUUCUGGGAAGACAGAAUAAGGAGGAAGAAAGAAAGGUAUGAAAAUACUUUUGAGAACAAGCAUCCCAAAUGAGAAGAGCAUGGACUUCAUAAAGAAAAGUUAAAUGUCUCCUCUCUUAUGAGUCAAAACUGUGCAUUUGUUUGGCGUUUACUAUAUUUUGAUUUAUUGCACUCUAUUUGCAGCCCAUGUUCUCAUCACUGGCACAUAAUGUCAUUCACUCUGCUUCUUUAUACCUUCUGCACUCUUUGCUCUCCCUGUCUUUCCUCUAAAUGUUAACCUCUUUGAUAUUUACUCAACUGGAGUCACAGCACUGGGCUGUAUUCCCACAAUCACUUUCAAAUUAAUCUUUAUGCCAUAAUCUCUUUGCUAGUUCAAGUGACCACAGGUCAGCUGGAAUUUGGAAUUCCAAAUUUGAAUAGCUGAGAGAAGAUGGGUUCUUCAGGUUAGCCCCACUCCUCUUGUAUUUUACCUACCUUCAGCAUUAUCUCACCCAUCUAGUACUAGACAACCAGGUUAUGGGUUCCAACAUUGCCUAGCAAGGUGACUCACAAACAAGACUUCACCAAAGAUAGCACUGAAAUAAGCAGCAUAUGUUUGUUCAGUGGAUUCCCUAGAUGGAGUCCUUCACAGCUAAACAGUAACAUAAGUGAAGUUAGCACACACAGUUGACAGGCAAAGACUCCUAUUUUCUGUUCUUAAAUGAAAAACUUCUUUAAAAAAAGUGAGAGCCACAUCUUGAGUCUGUCAAUUCCCUAUCACCAUUAUAAUGUCAAAUUUUUCUCUCCUAUAACAAAAAUAUAUAUUUUAUUUCUCUUAACCUAAACAUUACACUUGUAUCUGCAGUAUUUACUUAUACAGUACCUAAGCAAAAGUUUUCAUAAAUGUGUUCAAAUCAUCACAGUUUGGGUGAUUUUGAAGUUUUAACUUCCAUUUUCUCUGUAAACCUCACUGAACCAUUAGAUCUCAAGUAAAUAUGUUUUUUU